CCUAUGGUCCUGCCAUUUUGUACGACCGGUGUGUGACUUUAAUGUUUUAUCUCUCCUUGCGCACACACAAAAAUCGCGCGGUAAAAUUCACGAGCAAUUUUUUUUUCCUCGUUCUAUUUUGGCGGAACGAUUGGUCGGUGAAAGAUUUAGAUCCACGUCAUCGUGUUUCGUUUGUAUAGAGAAUUUAAGGACACAAUGAAGCUUUCAAGUUGAAGACGGAGUUUUCAGAGAUAGAAUAUAUAUUCGAUUGAACUUGCUUCUUCUAACAACGCAGUUAGUAGUGUUCGCACAAUCGCUGCUCUUGUUAGUGUGAACACAUAAAAGUCGCGUAGAUCAACGAGGAUGUCUCUUAUUAUCAUCCCUCGUUGAUUUAUACGAUUUUUACGUCAUCGAAGAUGUACUUGCGUCUGCAAAUAGUUGAUUGCAAAACAAGUAAAAUAGCUGUGGUAUAACAAGUCUCGUCGCUGAUCAUAGUUUCGAUUCAAUUUGUUGAAGAGUUUAUUGACUUUUCUCUUUUUUUCCUCUUUUUUUUUUUAUAUAUGAAAUUAGUCGUGGCUACUUGCAAUCAGCAUCUGUUGCAAUCAUGCCAUCAAAGAAAGAGGUCAAGGCAACUGCGCAAGAACUUGCUUAUCGUGAAAAGCACUUUCAUGAUAUUAGAGUUGUUAAAGAUAAACAAAUAGCAUGUACUUCAUGUGGCAAUGAAUUAAGUAUUGAGUCAAAAAAAAUUUUUUCUCAUCCAUUGAUGGGAAUAUUACAAUGCGAGACAUGUUGGAAUAACUUUAAAGAAGUAUAUGCCGCAUUUGAAGAUGAAGAUGAAGACGAAUAUCAAAAAUAUUGUUAUAUGUGUGGUGAUGAUAAGAAAUUGUAUGAAUGUGGUGAUAAAGACUGCGUCUCGGCAUUUUGUAAGAAAUGCAUUAAAAGAAAUGCAACAAUGUCACUAUUGAAUGCCGAAGAGAAGGAUUGGAAAUGUUUCAUAUGUGAUCCUAAACCAAUCUGGAAUCUUAGAGCUAUAUGCGCUGCAGUAAUGGACACUUUUAAAAAGGGUAACAGGAGAAACACCAACAAGAUUGAAAGACGUACGUUACCAUCUGAUAUACAAAAAUUAAAAAGAGCCAAAGAAGUUCAGAAGAGUAUGCGAAUGUUAUGUGAUAGUGAAGAGAGCGGUACUUCUUCUGAUGAUAAGACAUUUGUAACAAUGAGAUCCAGGCAGAGACUAGACAAUCGUCGUCAUCUGAAACAAAAAGAAGACCUCAAUGGACAAAAAGAGAUAGAGGAAGUGAAUCUAACAGAUUCAUCUGAAAACGAAAAUCUGUUUAAUACAAGCACAAAUUUAACAUCCUAUAAACAAAAUAAACAAAAAAAGAGUAGAGGAGAUCAAAAAACUAAAUCCAUACAAGAUAGACGAAUAUCAAAAAAUAAAAUCUCUAGCGAUUCGGAUAAUAGUUCUAUUCAUUUAUCGUUCAAUAAAACUAAACAAAAACGUAUAAGUAAAUCUAUCAGGACUGGAAAGAACAUAAAUAGCUAUAAUUCUAUAAAUUUUUUCGAUAGCGAAAGUGACGAGGAUGUUUCCACAAAUAAAGCGCCAAAUAUAUCUAAGAGUCUUUCAAAGAAAACUACACAAGAUAGAAAGAAGGAUGUUAAUUCUUCUGAUGCAAAGUCUACUAAGGACAAGGCGAAAAAGCAUCAUGAUUCAGCUAGCGAAUCUGAAGAUGAAGAUAUCAGUAAGGAGCAGAAUAGCAAAAGGUUUAAUAAUAACGAGGAAGAGAAACGCAAGAAAAAAUAUGAUAAGUCAUCGAAGAAACAUCUUUCCAAUAUUCAGAAAGAUGAAUCAGAUGCCAGUUCUAGCAAAGAAUUUCAGAAAAUAAAACUUCAAAAGGUGAAUCACAAUAAAUAUUCCAUGAGACGAUUAGCAGAUUUAGAAAUAGAUUAUACUAAGUCGCCUAUUGAAGAAAAUUCUGCAAUUGAAAGCAAAGAAAAUAUUAAUGACCAAUUAGAUAUGAACCUUGAUAAUGCAAAAGAAUUUGUUAGUGAUUGUAAAGAAAUAGUCUUAAAUUUACAAACGUAUAUAAACUCUGUAGAGCAAUUAUAUGGCAAAAAGGAUGAAGAGAAGUUUAUGUUGAAAAUGAUAAAGAAAAUUAAUAAAUUGUGGCCGAGUUUGCAAAAAGUACAGAAGAAUUUAACGACAUUCUAUCAGGUUAAGAGUUCUCAGAAAAGGAAAAGUUUAGCUAUCAGGAGAUUACCCAAAGAAGUUAAUGACGAUGAACAAUCUUCAGAGAAAAUUAACGUACGCGAAAAACGUGCAAUGAGCGAGAACAAGAUUUGCAACUCCGGAAACGAGCAAGCUGGAAGUAAGAAUGUAUCUGAAUGCGACAGUGAAAUAUUUUCAGGGGACGAAUCGAGAACAUUACAGAAGAUGCAAAUAAUUCAGAAUAAAAUAGACACAUCAAAUACAGAAAAUAAUGUAAAUGUUAAUAACACUGAAAGCGAUGAUGGAGAUAAAGAGUUGAUAGAUUCGUCAAGGGAUGAAGAUAAUGUGGAUAAAAAUAAUAUGGAUUUGCAAAAUAAUUUGUCCAGUUCCCCAGUGCUAAGUGUAUCAAUAGAGAAAAAGAAAAAAAGCGCAGAACGACCGACUACAAAGCAACUAUUUUCAAAAAUUAAUAAUAAUGAAACACCAUUAACAGAUAAAGAUAAUGAUUCUAAUGAUAAACAGGCUAAAUCAGAUACUGAUGUUCCUGGUAGUGAAAUUGAAAUUGAAGAUUCUCCUUUGAGAAAUGGCAAUCGAAAGAUGAUGACACAAAAUAUCGAGCAAGACGAUUCUGCGAACUUAAAGGAUAUAAUCAAUGAAUCAAUGGAUCUGUUUGAUACAUCUUAUCAUGAUGCUUCCAAGGAUGCAGAAGAGAACGAAACUGAAGCACAAGAAAUGGCUGCAGAAACAAAUUGUGAUGAUCCAAAAUCUUUAUCCAAAAUUAAAUCCUUGGAUAUUUCUUUGCAAGGUGGAAUUUUAAAUGAAAAAGAUAGGACAUCUUUUUCACUUUGUGAUAAUGAAGAGGAGAAUUUAUUGGAUCAGGAUAAUCAAAAGAAGCUAGCAUCUGUAUCUGCAACUAGCGAGAAAAUUCAUAAUAAUUUGGAAGAACUUGAUAUAUCCGAAAAAACUAACACCGACGAUAUUGAAUCUCUCGAUGAUGCUGAAGCAUUGGCGAAGAAAUCUCUCCUAGAAUCAGAUUCUGACUUGGAUAACAUAUUAGAUGUAAAUGUAGCUAAAUCAAUUGAAGGCUUAAUUAUAGAUGAUGUUGAUCAAUCCGGAAAGAGUAACGAAGCGAAAGACGAUGAUGUUGACGUUAAUAGCACCAGCACAUUGAUAUUAUCGUCAUUUCUAAAAAAGAUGAAUACUAAUAUUGAAACUAAAGUUGAAGUCGAGAACAAGAAGGAUAAUCAACAAACAGAUGAGAAAUCUCGCGAAGAAACCGGUUCUUUGAAUGAUGAUGCCAAGGCAGAAGAGGCUGCCAAGAAAGUUCUCUUAGAAUCAAAUUCGGAUGAUUCUACAAUUUUAUCAUCAGAUUCGGAAGAGAAUGAAAACAAGAAGACCGAAUCAAAUUCUUCCAGAGAAAAUGACAAAUCGAAACAGGCACUUUUAGCAUCUUCCAACACUGAAAGUUCCAGUUCCGAGCCAACUAUAUUAAAUGUAGAAGUUGCGAGUCGCCUUUCAAAAAAGUCAAAUAAUUCUAAACGUAAUCACGAACUUGAAAGUGAUGGGGACUCAGUAAUCUCUAGAAUGAAAAGAAAAAGGGUCAAACUCAACAAAAAUCAUCAUCAUUGGAACGAUAAGAAACUAAAAAUGUUUUGCGAAGUUCGUUUAAAACGAUUGAGCAGAAAAGAACUUAGACGUUAUUCUUAUGCGUUACAAAAGUCAAGAGAAUAUCUGGAACAAAAGAAACUUAAAAGUCUUGUUAAUUUGGAUAAUCUCGAAAAGAAACGAAAGAAAAACACAAAGAAAGAUUCCGAAGAUUCGUCGAUGGAUGAUGAUACGUCCUCAAAAACAUCCAAAAGCUUAAAUAAACGAAAAGAAAAACAAAUAACUAAAGAAGAAUCUUUAAUGGAUUACUUAAAAAAAAUAGAGAAUGGCGAUGUUUCGGUGGAUGCAGAAAUGGAUUCUGGUUCCGACGAAUCAAUUCAUCGAAUAGAAAAUGUAGAUUCUGUGCCUAUAUCUAAUGAAGCUUUAAUAUCGGAAGCAAAUAGAAUCGCGAAAGAGAACCUAUUAAAUUCCUCCGAUUCAAAUGAAAAAGAAGUAAUACCACUGGACAGCGAUGAUGAUAUAAAUAGUGAUGAUAAAAAUGAAAAGGCAGAAGAAAAGGAAAAAAAAUACGAUAAGAAAUCUGAAGAGAAAAUUUCAAAGCAAGAUGAUGACAAGAAAGAGAAAAAUAACAAAAGCAAUUGGAGGCGAAAUAAGUUACUGACAAUGAAAUUAUCUGAUACUGAUUCUGAUGCUGAAAAACAAAAAUGGGAUAAAAAACAAGAAAAAAUGAAAAAGUUGGAAGGGAAUAAUAGCGAUUCCGAUAAUGAAGAAAAGCAGAUAUGUAAAAAAAAGAAGACCAGACGAAGAAUUAUAGAUUCCGAUUCGGAUGUUAGGAUAACGGAUGUUAGUAUAGAUUCUGAUAAUUCUUUGAGUGCCAAAGAAAAUUCAAACGAUGACGCGGAAAAAGAAAAGGAAAAAUUAAGACGGAAGAGACGCAAACGCGGCGAGAGCAACUCGUCAGGCACGGAUUCUUCGCUUACAGAAAAACCAAAACCAAAACGUAAGCGAAUUAAGAAAGUAGCAUCCGACAGUGAUAGCAGUGUCGCAGAAAUAAAUAAUUCGCAAGAGUCCACACCCGGCAAAAAUGGUCGAAAAAAUAUACGAAAAGUUCUGAAAGAUAAACAAGUAGCGGAGGACACAAAAUUAGCUGCCAAGGAAGAAGAGGAAAGGCUUAAACGUAUUGCUGAACGUCAAGCUGUGUACAAUGAAAUGUACGAGAUGAGACUUGCUGGAGAGGAGAAGGUUGAGAAGCUUGUUUUGGACUUUGAUACAGAGACAAAAAAGGAGCUUGUUAGCGUACACGAGGAAUUAGUAAAGCGUCUAAAGCCGCAUCAAGCGCAGGGUAUCAAAUUUAUGUGGGACGCUUGUUUCGAAUCCCUAGAAAGGGUAAAGACUACAUCCGGAUCUGGAUGUAUAAUCGCGCAUUGCAUGGGUCUGGGCAAAACACUGCAGGUAAUCGCUCUGACGCACACACUUUUGUCUCACGAAGCGACAGGUGUUAAAACAGUACUGAUAGUUUGUCCGCUAAGCACAGUGCUUAAUUGGUUAAAUGAAUACAGAACGUGGUUGAAUGAUCUGGACGAUAUCGAGGUAUAUGAAUUGACAAAAUUUAAAAAAAAUUUUGAAAGAAAGCAACAGUUACAAAGAUGGCAAAAGACCGGCGGUGUGAUGAUUAUCGGUUAUGAAAUGUUCCGUAAUCUUACGGGCGCGAAUAAAAAUAUCCGGAAGGGUAUGAAAGAAGUGAUAGAGGAAUGUCUGGUUGAUCCAGGCGCGGAUCUCGUUGUCUGUGACGAAGGCCAUUUAUUAAAGAAAGAAGAUACUGCAUUAAGUAAAUGUAUGAGAAGAGUGAGAACUUUGAGACGCAUAGUACUUACAGGAACACCGCUGCAAAAUAAUUUAAUAGAAUAUCAUUGCAUGGUACAGUUUGUUAAACCAAAUCUAUUAGGUACAAAGAAAGAGUUUUUGAAUAGAUUUGUAAAUCCGAUAACGAACGGUCAGUUUGACGAUUCUACCGCUUAUGAUGUUAAAUUAAUGAAAAAGCGAGCGCAUGUGUUGCACAAAAUGUUAGAGGGUAGUGUACAGAGGUUUGAUUAUUCGGUGCUUACACCGUUCCUACCGCCUAAACAGGAAUAUGUUAUUUUUGUCAGAUUAACAGACCCACAAAUUAAAAUGUACCAAUAUUAUUUGGAGAAUCUUGCGAGACGUUCCUCUGGUGCAGGAGGAACUCUUUUUGCGGAUUUUCAAGCGUUACAAAGGAUCUGGACGCACCCUCUAGUUUUGCGUUUGAACGCAGAAAAGAUAGAAAAAGCAAAUGAGAAAAAAGAACUUUUGAGCGAGUCAGAGGGUUCAUUGAAAGAUUUCAUUCACGAUAGUAGUGACUCAGAACGGAGCAGUAGCAGCAGUUCGAGCAGUGAUAGUGAUGUUGAAGCUAUUGAUGAUGCAAAAGAGAAUACAAAUAUUUCCAAACGUAGAACAAGGAAUAAUCCUGGUGAAGAAGAGUCGGAAGAAGAAGUAGAAGAAGAGACUCGAGAGGCAGAAUGGUGGUCGCAGUUUGUACAGCCUGAGCAUUUCGAAGAUAUGAGAGUAUCUGCUAAAUUAUUACUUUUUUUUGGAAUUCUAAAUGAAUGUGAACAGAUUGGUGAUAAAGUGCUUUUGUUCUCGCAAUCUCUAUAUUCUCUCACUUUAAUUGAGGAAUUUCUUCGAAAAAUAGACGAUCAAACUCAAAAUGAUACAUCUUUGGAGACAUUGGAUAAUCAUACCGGAAGUUGGUCCUUAGGUCUUGAUUAUUUUCGGCUUGAUGGUCAAACGUCAGCUGAGAACAGAAAUAUGUGGUGUAAAAUAUUUAAUAAACCCUCUAAUACGAGAGCGAGAUUGUUCCUCAUAUCCACGCGUGCUGGAGGAUUGGGAAUAAACUUAACUGCGGCUAACAGAGUGAUUAUAUUCGACGCCAGUUGGAAUCCCUCUCACGAUGUACAAAGCAUAUUUCGAAUAUACAGAUUCGGGCAAAAAAAGCCGUGUUAUGUAUAUCGGUUCCUGGCAGCGGGAACGAUGGAAGAAAAGAUUUACAAUCGUCAAGUCACUAAAUUAUCGCUUUCGUGUCGAGUUGUGGACGAGCAACAGAUUGAACGUCAUUAUAGCAAUCAUAAUCUAAACGAAUUGUAUAGUUUUGAAGGAUACAGCGAUGCGGAGAAACCUACAUUAAAUUUACCUAAGGAUAGACUAUUAGCAGAAAUAUUUCUGAAGUAUAAGGAUGUCGUGGAAAAUUAUCACGAACACGAUUCCUUAUUAGAGAACAAAGCCGAGGAAGAAUUGGAUGAGGAAGAACGCAAACAGGCUUGGCUAGAAUAUGAAGAGGAAAAGAAGGGAAGACCGCCAAUGAAUCCAAUGUUGAAUGUGGCUUAUCAAAAUAACAUGUUACUGCAACAGUAUAAUAUGAUGAUGAACUCUGGACAGACUGGUUUAAUACCUCAAGAUAUGGCUUUGCAUUUCGAGUAUGAAAAUCUCCAACAGCUUAUUCGUAAAGAUUAUCCCAAUGCAACGCCGGAACAACAAAAAAUAAUGACGAAUCGAGCUCUAAUGGAAAUGUACAAUUAUUGGGAAAAACAAGCUACAUUAAGCUACUCUAAGCAACCUAUCCAGAGAAAUCCAGCAACUACAUCGAACUUUCAACAAAGACCAAUGAUCGUACCACAUGCUGCGAGCAAUAGCAAUACAAAUCAACAAGUCUCACAACUGAAUCAAUUACUCACAUCGUCGGGGCAAUCAGGAAAUUAUAUAAACGUGAACAAAUCCGCACAACCAAACAUGGCGAAGAGGGGAGAUUUAUUACCAAACCCAUUUACAUAUCAAAACACUCUGUCGAAUAACAAUGCAGGCGGAAAAACAAACGAUGAUAUAAUUGAAGUGAUACCUACUACAAGUAACGCUGGUGUGUCAAACGUACAAGGAGCGAUACAACCAACUAAUAACAAUAAGAAUCAAGAGGAGUAGAAUUCCCACACUUAAUAAUUCGUAUGAAUUAUACAGUUGGUAAGUGAUAUGGAAGUCGAUACAUCAUGAGGCGAAAUACAAGUCGUAUACGAAGGUAUUAUUUACAUUUUAUAUAUUGAUUUCCUAUGUAAUAUAAAAAAAUAUUAUAAUCUUUUUUAUAUUAUUAAGUUCGAUUAUAUAUUAUUAAUUUCAUGUAUGUGUAAACCAUAAAUGGCGUAUUUAUAUAAUAGACAAAAUUUUAUUGCGUACAGAUUGUGUAGUGCAAAAUAAUGUAGUCAAUUGCAUUUGGAAAUGUAUUUCUCGCGAGCUUUUUGCAGAAUGAGGCUUUACUUUAUAUAAGUAACGUCUUUAGUUUACAUAAGAGACAUGUUUAGGAAAACUCUCAUAUACAUUACAGUUUUUUAAUCCAUUACAGUUUUUUAAUCCAUCAAUUAAAGUACAUUUGAAUCUAUUUUCAUUUUUCUGUUUCAUUAGAUAUAUAUUUAUUAGAUGUGUAUAUAUAGAGUAUCUAUUUUCCAAACAUUUUUAUAGAUAUAUACACAUACAUUUACAACAAAUAUUCUAUAUAUUUAUUUACUUUUUUUAUGGCAAACAGAAUAGGAGCACUCAUAUUACAUA